CAUCCGGAAGUCACGUUCUCAUGCUUUCCCCUUUGCUUUCACUGAGCCAGGCUGGCAUUCAGCUCCUGCCAUGAAGCUUCUGAACAUGGCUGGAUUCUUCGCUCUGGUGCCCAUUUUGGUGCCAGCUCUGGAGCCCAUCACCACCUCACUUGCUUUCUGUGGGGCAGCUGUCAUGUGGCAGCUCUUCUCCCCUGCUUCCUGGCUCAAGUGCCGCUUCCUGGAGUGCUGCAAUAUGAAGGACACCCUGGACAUCCCAGCCCUGCAGAUGGUUUUGGAACAGAAAGUAUUUGGGCAGCACCUCGCCACCCAGGUGGUUCUGAAAGCACUGAGCGCGCACUCCAGAGACAAACAGCCCAGGAAGCCCCUGGUGAUGUCCUUCCAUGGCUGGACUGGCACUGGCAAGUCCUUUGUCAGCAAGAUCAUUGCACAGAACCUGUACCAGAGUCAUAAAGCAAGAAGGAGCUUCGUCCAUCAGUUUGACGCAGUGUUGCAUUUCCCACACGCUGAACAUAUAAAGCAGUAUAAGGAGCAGCUGCAGAACUGGAUUCGAGGGAAUGUCAGUGUCUGUCCGAGGUCGCUUUUUAUUUUCUCUGAAAUGGACCAGAUGCCGCAUGGUCUGAUUGACUCCAUCAUGCCGUACCUCAGUCAUCACGAGGCUAUUAAUGGCGUCUACUAUGGCAAGGCCAUCUUCCUCUUCCUGAAUAAUGCAGGAGGGGAUAAGAUAACAGAGGUGGCGCUUGAUCAUUGGAGGAGGCAGAAAGGAAGAGAAGAAAUUCCCCUGACGGACCUGCAGUCUAUGCUAUUCGCUGAGAUUUUCAAUAACAGGAACAGUGGUUUUUGGAAUAGCAAUCUGAUCCAGAAGAACCUGGUGGAUUAUUUCAUCCCUUUCUUGCCCCUGGAAUAUAAACAUGUGAAAGAGUGCAUCCAAGAGGAACUGCGCUACCAAGGGCACCAAGAAGAUGAAGACCUCAUCAUAAAGAUUGCCUUAGCAAUGUCUGACUAUCCCAAUGAAGACAGAAUCUACUCUAGCAAAGGUUGCAAAACUGUGGCCUCAAAGGUGAACCUGGAUACCUAGAAGGGCCAAGUGCUCAAGGACAAGGAGGAAAAGAAAGCAAGUCUCUUUUUCCUUCUUCCACCAGUAUCUUCUCAAACUGUAAGUUUGUUGGGGCAGGGAACUGCCCUUUAAUAUAUCUAAGCCUGUGGCACAUUGUUACUGGAGAGAAAAGAUAACUUCCUCAUCUCAGCAUAAUACAGUACAUCCUUUCCCUACCUUCAAAACAUGCUGCUGUAAGUAAAAUAAAAUGAAUAUGGUAUUUAUUCUUAA